CCCCCCCCUCGGAAGGGGGGCGUGGAGGGAACCGGGAUCAACCAGGGGCCAGCAUGAGCCGGAGGGAGGGAAGUCUGGAAGAUCCCCAGGCUGCCUCCUCAGUCCCGGGUCUUCCCCACUUGGAGGCCAAGAUCCGGCAGACACACAGCCUAGCCCGCCUCCUCACCAAAUACGCGGAGCAGCUGCUCCAGGAAUAUGUGCAGCAUCAGGGCGACCCCUUCGGGCUGCCGGGCUUCUCGCCACCGCGGCUGCCCGUGGCCGGCCUGAGCGCCCCGGCCCCGAGCACGAGGGGCUGCCGGAUGGCCGAGCGGCUGCAGCUGGACGCGGCGGCGCUCGCGGCGCUGCCCCCGCUGCUGGACGCCGUGCGCCGCCGCCAGGCCGAGCUGAACCCGCGCGCGCCGCGCCUGCUGCGGCGCCUGGAGGACGCGGCGCGCCAGGUCCGGGCCCUGGGCGCCGCCGUGGAGACCGUGCUGGCGGCGCUGGGUGCCGCCGACCCGGGGCCCCGGCCGGAGCCGCCCGCCACCGCCGCCGCCGCCGCCGCGGGCACCUUCCAGGCCAAGGUGCUGGGGCUCCGCGUGUGCGGCCUCUGCCGCGAGUGGGUGAGCCGCACCGAGGGCGACCUGGGCCCGCUGCUGCCCGGCGGCCCGGCCUGAGCCUGCACCUGCGCGCUCGCUGGCUGCCUCUGCUCUGCCUGUCCCGAGCCGCAGCCCUGUCCCCGCCAACUCUGUACGCCCGGCGCUCUCGCUCUCGCUCGCUUCUGUCUCUAUCUCCCCUCUCUAUCUCUGCAGACC